AUGGGUUCUCUCAAAUCUCUCUCAACUAUCUUUUUUCUUAUACUCGGCGUUGGCAUUUGCUACGCCACUAGCCGGAAUCUCUUGACCUACAGUGAAGUCCCUGCUGCAAGUGGAGGGUCUCAUGGUGGUGCUUAUGGAGGCGGUGAAGGAGGAGGAGCUGGAGGAGGUGGGUCAGGAGCCGGAGUGUAUGGAGGCGGUGGUGGUGGAGGAAGCGGAGGUGGAGGAGCGUACGGUGGAGGAGGAGCACAUGGAGGUGGUUAUGGAAGUGGUGCUGGUGCAGGAGGUGGUUAUGGUGGUGCAGCAGGAGGACAUGGUGGUGGUGGAGGAGGAGGUUCAGGUGGAGGCGGUGGUGGAGGUGAACAUGGAGGUGCUUACGGUGGUGGUGGUGGUUCAGGCGGUGGACACGGUGGUGGAGGAUAUGCCCCAUGA